AUGGUAAUUCCAAACCCAUCGAAACAAGCUAAGCUCUCUAUAGCAACAACAAUACAAACCCCAAACCCCUCAUGCCUGAGUUUUGCCAUUUCAUCUCCUCCCCAAUCUCCCAAAAGAAAAGAUCAACACGUGCUAGUAGAGAAUGGAAAAUGGGGGCAAGGAAUAGUGGAGGUCCUCAACGAAGCGAAGGAUGCUCCGAGCGGACCCAUGUGCCUCGAUACACGAAGUUGGAUUUUCCAACUUAUAGUAGGAUCGAAGAUUCUCUUAGAUGGCUUAACUACUAUGAGCAUUUCUUUCACAACCAAUGAAUACCCGAAAUGGACAAGGUGGGACUAG